UAAACAAAGAAGAAAUGAUAACACAGAGCAUUAAAUAGUCUACCUGAGGAACGUACAAACACAGUGAAGUAAACAUGGUCAUUUGCAAAAAGUGGACAUUGGCUCAAAAGUUCCAUGGAAAACCUACCCCUGCCAAUUUUAAACUUGUGGAGGAGGAGAUUUCAGAAAAUAUAAAUGAUGGAGAGGUACUCUGCGAGGCAGUGUAUUUGACAGUGGAUCCAUACAUGAGAACAGCAGAAGCCGUGAAUAGCCUUGGGGACACGAUGUAUGGUGAACAAAUUGCAAAAGUUACAGUCAGCAAAAAUCCAAAGUACCCUGUUGGAACAAUUGUUCGUUUGAUGUCUGGGUGGCGCUCACACACUCUGGUAAAGGACACUGAGAAAGAGAUCCGACGUUCUGCCGAGAUGAGUGAUCUCCCUUUAUCUCUUAUGUUGGGUGCCAUGGGAAUGCCGGGGAUGACAGCUUAUUUUGGCUUCUUGGAGAUAUGUCAACCAAAAGAAGGAGAAACCGUCUUGGUCAGCGGCGCUGCAGGGGCAGUCGGCAGCCUAGUGGGACAAAUCGCUAAAAUUAAGGGAUGCAAAGUAAUUGGAUUCGCAGGAAGUGACGAAAAAUGUGAAUGGCUGAAGAAAGACCUAGGUUUUGAUUAUGUUUACAACUAUAAAAAAGUUGACAUUGAUACAGCUCUCAACGAAGCUGCUCCAGAAAGAAGUGUAGAUUGUUACUUUGAUAACGUUGGUGGUAUGUUCACUGUUAAGGUUCUAAAUCACAUGAAGACAUUUGGGAGAGUUUCAAUCUGUGGAUCCAUAUCUAAUUAUAACAACACUGAAGUUCCAACAGGCCCAUUACCGUUCAUUGCCAUCUUAAAAUCUCAGUUGAAAGUGGAAGGAUUCAUAGUUCUACGCUGGUAUCAAAGAUGGCAGGAAGGUGAAAAAGCAAUGUUGCAGUGGAUAAAAGAGGGGAAAAUGAAAUAUAAGGAGCACAUCACGGAAGGCUUUGAAAAAAUGCCAGAAGCUUUCAUGGGUUUAUUUGAGGGAAGCAAUUUCGGCAAAGCUAUUAUCAAAGUUUGAAUGUUUGAAUACAUUUUGAAUGCAUUUCAAGAACAGUGAAGGAGUUUUCAUUAAUGAAAAUUGGACGAGACGCCAUGGGGAAUAUUUAAAAAAGAACAAAAUUCUUUUCACCUGAUUUUGUAAAUGAAAACUUUUUUACAGUACAAAUUAUUCAUCUUUAAAAAUGAGCUUUUAAGAUUAAAUACGGAAUAUAAUAAUUUGAUUUUGAUAUAAUACUUUGUGCUUUAUUAUUUACAAAAUACAUGUGUCAGGCAUAAAAGGACUGUUUUCGUAUUUUUUUACCAUCUGCUAUGUUAGUAAAACUCAAGCCUGAUUUCAGCUAGUAUACAAACUACUUUUGUUUUAAUUCACGGAAGGUUUUUUUUUUUCAAGAAUGUUCACCAAAUCAAGCAAUUCUCAACUAUAGUAAGUCUAAUAAAGAAGAUAUGCAUUCAAAUAAAUACACAUAACCAUUUUUCUGGCUUUUCAGAUUUCGAUCAUUCUCUCUUGUAAAUAAAAAUUAAAAAAUGUA